CAACAGCCAGAAUCAAUGAUCAAGAGAGCGAAAGAGCGACGUCUUAGUCUUCAUUAAAGAUAGAUACAAACCGAAAUUAGAGCAGAAAGAAUAAUUUAGUACAGUUACAUGUAAAGAUCGUCUGUCCGAUUACGACCACUUACCUCCUACCGCCUCAACAAACAACAUGCCGGCUCCUCAAGGUGUUGCACACUUGAACAUCACUGCUGGCGCUUUGGUUGCAGUAGGAGGAGUAAUGGGUUAUGUGAAGAAAAAAAGCGUUGCAAGUCUGGUCGCAGGGGUCUCGAUGGGUGCGGCUUACUUCGGAAGUGCAUACCUAGUAGACAGAAUAGACCCAGUAAAAGGAUUUCAAGCUUAUGAUGAAGAGCUAUCAACAUCGAGUUACCUAGUUUGACCCCUACAGUAUACAUACCCCCUAAAGCAGUUGGGGGUGCUCUUGUGAAGAUAUCUCAACAACAAAAAUGGAGCCCUUUCAUAGCCUCGGUGCAGCUACGAGCGCCUUGCUGGUUGGAGCUAUGCUUCCACGAUAUAUGAAAACAAAAGCCUUUAUGCCUGCAGGUGCAAUUUAUGUUUUUUUGACUUUUUAGGAUGAUCAGGUAUCGAGAUUGAAAUGUACGACUCUACAGAACAAGAUCCUUGCUUUUUAUGUUGAAGUUGAGUACGAUUAGACCUCUUUUGACUCUACUUCAAUUACAGUUUCUACACGAAUCCUCCCACCACCAUCGCAGGUCUUUGCGUUUUGAUCGGUGCGGGUGCCGGAGCUUACAACGGUUGGCAGUUUUCGAGGUACACAGCGGACUAAGAGAGAUAUUCUUGACGCAAUGAGAACAGACUUUUUUCUAAAUGAUACAGCAAGUUAGAGGACUUCACAGAACAAACUACAGACCACUCUCUCAGGCCAUUCUUUUUGCGCAUGUAUGUGAGUGUUCUCGUUCUUGUGGUUCAUCCGUACUCCUGUUGCAACGUCAGUCACGCAGGCCUUGAUCUUCCUGAAGCAGUGUGGUGUAUCUGUAUGAAGCAAGUGUGAUCUUGCCGGUCUGCAAGAACGUGUCAGAGGUCAUUUUCCCUGGUGCAGAUCUGAGAGAAGAUUUUGGAAUAUGGUCAGUUUAGAGAAGAAGUACAACAGACAACAUCAAUAAGAUCAUCAGAGGUUCUUGCUGCAGUGUACAAGUGAUGAAACAACGGCAGAUAAGACAGGAUAC